AUGGGGACACCGGGGCUGCGCGCGCUGCAGCUGCUGCUCCUGCUGGGCGCAUCCUGGGCGCGGGCGGGCGCCCCGCGCUGCACCUACACCUUCGUGCUGCCCCAGCAGAAGUUCACGGGCGCCGUGUGCUGGAGCGGGCCGGCGGCCGCGCGCCCGGCCCCGGAGGCCGCCAACGCCAGCGAGGUGGCGGCGCUGCGCGCGCGCGUGGGCCGGCACGAGGCGCUGCUGCGCGAGCUCCAUCGGCGCGCGGCGGCGGACGGCGAGGUGGCGGGCGAGGUGCGCGCGCUGCGCAAGGAGAGCCGCGGCCUGGGCGCGCGCCUGGGCCAGCUGCGCGCGCAGCUGCAGCACGAGGCGGGCCCCGGGGCGGGGGCGGAGCCCGCGGCGGCGCUGGCCCUGCUCGGCGAGCGCGUGCUCAACGCCUCCGCCGAGGCGCAGCGCGCGGCCGCCCGCUUCCACCAGCUGGACGUCCAGUUCCGCGAGCUGGCCCGGCUCGUCAGCCAGCAGAGCGGCCUCAUCGCCCGCCUGGAGCGCCUGUGCCCGGGGGGCGCGGGCGGGCAGCAGCAGGUCCUACCACCGCCCCUGGUGCCCGUGGUUCCCGUCAGUCUGGUGGGUGGCACCGGUGACAGCAGCAGGUUAAACCCAGCCCCAGAGUCCCAGAGUGACCAGACCCCGAGACAGCAGGGGCCCUUGGCUUUUCCCUUACCUGCAGGGCACCCUGCUGUCCCCACCAAGCCGGCAGGCCCAUGGCGAGAUUGUGCAGAGGCACACCGGGCAGGCCACGGGCAGAGUGGAGUGUAUGAGCUACGACUGGGCCGGCACGCGGUGUCUGCGUGGUGCGAGCAGCAGCUGGAGGGUGGAGGCUGGACUGUGAUCCAGAGGCGGCAAGACGGCUCAGUUAACUUUUUCACUACCUGGCAGCACUACAAGGCGGGCUUCGGGCAGCCUGACGGGGAAUACUGGCUGGGCCUUGAACCUGUGCACCAGCUGACCAGCCGUGGGGACAAUGAGCUCCUGGUGCUCCUGGAGGACUGGGGAGGCCGUGGUGCACGUGCCCACUACGACGGUUUCUCCCUGGAGCCCGAGAGCGACCACUACCGCCUACGGCUUGGCCAGUACCACGGAGACGCGGGGGACUCUCUUUCCUGGCACAAUGACAAGCCUUUCAGCACCGUGGAUAGGGACCGAGACUCCUAUUCUGGUAACUGUGCCCUGUACCACCGGGGAGGCUGGUGGUACCAUGCCUGUGCCCACUCCAACCUCAAUGGUGUGUGGCACCAUGGGGGCCACUACCGCAACCGCUACCAGGACGGCGUCUACUGGGCUGAGUUUCGAGGCGGGGCUUACUCUCUCAAGAAGGCAGCCAUGCUGAUCCGGCCCCUGAAGCCCUGA